GGCAUCUAAUUUUGCAUCUUGCCUUCUUCCUCCUUUUUCUGUGUUGGCAUUUCGCCGAGCAGUUGUCGUCCAACCGCCCAUUCGAGGAGAGCACGUCCAUGGACGACGAGAGCACAGGGGCUCGAGGCGACGCCGUUGGACAGGUGCACGCAACUAAAAGCUGGAAGGCGCCAACGGCAAUUCCCCUCGUCUUCCUCUUCAAUUUCUCGAACUCGCGUCCCUCCUUCCUGCCGGAGGCACUGAACAGAAGCGAGAGUGCCACUGCGAUUCGGUAAAGCAUGUACACUUCGUGUGACUCGUGAAUCCAAGCCACCAAACCCGAGCCUCGCAAUGGUGCACAUCCAGCCGCUCGAGGUGUCUGUCGAGGCCGGCAACCUCGCCGACCCCGCCGCGGCCGCGCUCGAUGACGACGGCCGCCCGCGCCGCACCGGCACCGUCCUCACCGCAAGCGCGCACAUCGUCACCGCCGUCGUCGGCUCCGGCGUCCUCUCGCUCGCCUGGGCCACCGCGCAGCUCGGCUGGGUCGCGGGUCCCACCACCACGGCGCUCUUCGGCGGCGUCAUCUACUACAGCUCCACGCUUCUCGCCGACUGCUACCGCACCUGCGACCCUGCCGCCGGCACCCGGAACCACUCCUACAUGGAGGCCGUCCGAGCCAUCCUCGGCGGCGCCAAGGUGAAGUUCUGCGGCGUCAUACAGUACACCAACCUCGUCGGCAUCACCAUUGGCUACACCAUCGCCGCCUCCAUCAGCUUCCAUGCCAUCACGAGGGCCAACUGCUUCCACGACAAGGGGCACGACAACGCGUGCCACAGCUCCAGCACGCCCUACAUGAUCGGCUUCGGCGCCGCGCAGAUGGUCUUCUCUCAGAUACCCAACUUCGAUCAGAUACGGUGGCUCUCCGUCGUCGCCUCCGCCAUGUCCUUCACCUACUCCGGCAUCGGGCUCGGGCUCGGGAUCGCCCAGACCGUGGCCAACGGCGGGUUCCGAGGCACCCUCACCGGCGUCGCCAUCGGCACGGCGGGCGUCACCGUGAUGCAGAAGCUGUGGCGCGUCCUGCAGGCGCUGGGCAACAUCGCCUUCGCCUACUCCUUCUCCAACGUGCUCAUCGAGAUCCAGGACACCAUCAAGGCGCCACCGCCGUCGGAGGCAGCCGUGAUGAAGAAGGCCACGGCGCUGAGCGUGGCCACCACCACGGCGUUCUACGUCAUGUGCGGGUACAUGGGCUACGCGUCCUUCGGCAACGGCGCGCCGGACAACCUCCUCACCGGGUUCGGCUUCUACGAGCCCUUCUGGCUGGUGGACGUCGCCAACGCCGCCAUCGUCGUGCACCUCGUCGGCGCCUACCAGGUCUUCUGCCAGCCCAUCUUCGCCUUCGUCGAGCGCUGGGCCGCCGCCAGAUGGCCAGAGAGCGGCUUCGUCACGCGGGAACUUGGGGUGGGGCCGUUCGCGGUGAGCGCGCUCCGGCUUGUCUGGCGCUCGGCGUUCGUGUGCCUGACCACCCUGGUCGCCAUGGCGAUGCCAUCCUUCGGCGCCAUCGUGGGGCUCAUGGGCGCGCUCUCCUUCUGGCCGCUCACCGUCUACUUCCCCGUGGAGAUGUACAUGAAGCAGCGCGCCGUGGCGCGCGGGAGCGCGAGGUGGCUCUGCCUCAAGGCGCUCACCGUCGCCUGCCUCGUCGUGUCGGUGGCCGCCACCGUGGGAUCAAUCGCCGGCAUGGUCGGCGCGUUCAAGGUGUUCCGCCCUUUCAGUGGCUAGUAGGAGUAGUAUGGUGUCAUCAAGUACGUAUACUUCAGUAUAGGGAAUUCCUCAUUACGUAUGCAUUGAUGGUGCAGACUAAUGCAUUGACGCUUGUCAGUUGUCAUGGCGCGUUUGUAAUUGUUUUUUCUUUUUGAAAAGGGGACUUCUCGGCCUCUGCAUCAGAACGAUGCAUACGGCUACUUCAAUAAAUAAAAUAUGUUCAACAAAGUCAUAGAGUCUUCAACAAAAUAAAGGCGAGAUCACAAAGAACCUCGAAGCUAUACCAAGAAAAGGCCAAAGAGCCACAACCAGCUGGUAAAAUAAAGAUAGGAAAACUAAUUGCCUAUCCUAUUACAUGACCGCCAACCAAACCGAUUAAAGA